GGGGAGGAGGGAGGCUUUUCUUUCUUUCUUUCUUUCUUUCUUUUUCCACACAUUUAUAUAUGGAUUUUAUUUUCGUGAACUCGGGGCAGAUUCCACACCCGUGACGCGUGAAAGCGGAGUGAGCGCGCGGGUAUUAAUAGCGGCGGGUUGUUCCCGAGUGCCGGCGGGCAGCGCGCGCAGCUUCCGCCGAGAGUCCCGGUGUUGAGUGACCCGUCCGAGGAGCGCGAGCUGCACCAUUUACACACCCGGGCUUAGCUGCAGGUUACUGAUCACCGGGGUGGGUUUCUCCCAGUCUGUUUUAUAGAAUUUUUCAAAUAUAUUUAUAUUAUAUUCCGUGUUUAUUUAUAGAAAGACUGGGUUUUUUUUUUAUUAUUAUUUCUGCGUUUUGUUUUGUUUUUAACCUGAAGAUGUCCGGAAAGCACUCGAUAACCGGUUUCUAAUCAGCGAAUCAAAAACAAAAGAGUUCAAUAAUGAAAUCAUCUCUGGCUCCUGGCAUCAGAUUCAUCAGAGCUUUCUCCAGAGACAGCUGGUACCGAGGCUUCAUCCUCCUCCUCACGUUCCUGUUCUAUACAGCGUACCAUCUCUCACGGAAACCUAUAAGUAUUGUCAAGAGUGAGCUUCAUAGAAACUGCUCCAAUGUCAUUCGACCUGCCGACCUCAAUGUCACGGACAAUUCCACCUGGUGUGACUGGGCUCCUUUUGACCAAGACAAUUACCAGCACCUGUUUGGAUGGCUGGACAAUUGCUUUCUUGUGGCCUACGCCAUCGGCAUGUUCUUCAGUGGCAUUUUUGGUGAGCGACUGCCCCUGCGUUACUACCUCACCACUGGGAUGCUACUCAGCGGUCUUUUCACAGCACUCUUUGGCCUGGGAUUCUACUGGAGCAUUCAUUCGUUGUGGUACUACUGUUUAGUGCAGGUUGCAAAUGGGCUGGUACAGACAACAGGCUGGCCUGCGGUGGUGGCUUGUGUUGGCAACUGGUUCGGAAAGGGGAAGCGAGGGUUCAUCAUGGGCGUGUGGAACUCGCACACCUCUGUGGGGAACAUCCUGGGCUCGCUCAUCGCCGGAGCGUUUGUCACAACCGCCUGGGGCAUGUCCUUCAUUGUUCCUGGCAUCAUCAUCGCCGCUAUGGGAGUCCUCUGCUUCUUCUUCCUGGUUGAGCAUCCAGAAGACGUGAAAUGCAGCCCACCUCAACACCAUGACAGCCCAGAGCGAGAGCCUUUGCUAAGGACCUCACUGAAUAGCGAGGAGAUCUUCAACAAUCACACGACUGCAGUAGUGGAGGCUGGUGAGGAAACAGAGGCCAUCAGUUUCUUUGGAGCUCUCAGGAUACCGGGUGUGGUGGAGUUCUCCCUUUGUUUGCUUUUCGCUAAGCUGGUUAGUUACACAUUCCUCUACUGGUUACCACUAUACAUUGCAAAUGUCGCAAAUUUUGAUCCUAAAGCAGCAGGGGACUUGUCUACACUCUUUGACGUUGGGGGAAUUCUGGGCGGCAUCAUAGCUGGGCUUGUUUCAGACUACACCGGAGGGAGGGCGUCCACCUGCUGUGCCAUGCUAAUCGCUGCUGCUCCUAUGCUGUUCCUGUACAACCUCGUCGGACAGAACGGUGUGCCAACCACAGUCGGUAUGCUGCUACUUUGUGGUGCGCUUGUGAACGGACCCUACGCUCUCAUCACCACGGCUGUGUCAGCUGACCUGGGAACCCAUGAGUGUCUGAGAGGAAACGCCAGGGCUCUGUCCACUGUAACAGCUAUUAUUGAUGGUACAGGAUCGAUAGGUGCUGCUAUUGGACCUCUUCUAGCCGGCUUGAUCUCUCCCACUGGUUGGAAUAAUGUUUUCUACAUGCUCAUCACUGCUGAUGUACUGGCCUGUCUGCUACUGUCCAGGUUAGUGUUUAAGGAGGUCCGAGGAUGGUGUGGCUACGCUACAAGACAAAGAGGGUUCAAAGAGACCUGAGGUGCAGCCGGACAAGUGAAUAUCACAGCUGUGGUGGGAAAAUGGUGGCGGUGACAAAACAACAAAACCAAGACCCGAUUUCCUGAUCCAUCACACAAAGCUGUUUUUUUAAAAGAUAUUUUUAUUUUCAUCUGAAUAUGGGACACUUUUAUCCUUUUACCCUCAGACAAAAGAAACAAUAUGCCCAAUGGUGUGAUGAAUGAAACGAUGGGCGGAAACAAGCCCCUUUGAUGUAUAGGGGGGAAGAAGAAGAAAAAGAAGAAAGAAAGAAAGAGAAUCAGAACUCCUCGAUUUUAACUGAACUGUGCCUGAUUUUUUUGUUUUGUUUUAAUCAUUACAAAAUGCUAAUCAUGUAUAUUUGCUUUUAUCCCAAGUCUCUAUGGUUACUCUAGAUUCAGGACCAAACACAUCUCUCUCUCUCUUUCUCUCUCUCACCCAUAUACUACCGUUCAAAAGUUUGGGGUCACUUUGAAAUGUCCUUAUUUUUGAAAGAAAAGCACUGUUCUUUUCAAUGAAGAUCACUUUAAACUAAUCAGAAAUCCACUCUAUACAUUGCUAAUGUGGUAAAUGACUAUUCUAGCUGCAAAUGUCUGGUUUUUGGUGCAAUAUCUCCAUAGGUGUAUAGAGGCCCAUUUCCAGCAACUCUCACUCCAGUGUUCUAAUGGUACAAUGUGUUUGCUCAUUGCCUCAGAAGGCUAAUGGAUGAUUAGAAAACCCUUGUACAAUCAUGUUAGCACAGCUGAAAACAGUUGAGCUCUUUAGAGAAGCUAUAAAACUGACCUUCCUUUGAGCAGAUUGAGUUUCUGGAGCAUCACAUUAAUUUGUGGGGUCGAUUAAAUGCUCAAAAUGGCCAGAAAAAUGUCUCGACUAUAUUUUCUAUUCAUUUUACAACUUAUGGUGGUAAAUAAAAGUGUGACUUUUCAUGGAAAACACAAAAUUGUCUGGGUGACCCCAAACUUUUGAACGGUAGUGUACAUGUAUAUAUAUACACACACACACUCGCAGAAACACUAUUCUUCAGGUUACUCAGAUAGUCUCUGUCUGAGAGCGGGCUACAGUAAUGUUUGGGUGUUCAGAUGAGCCAGAUUUUGCUGUGCAAAUCUGCUGGAAUGAGUUUGGCUAUGCUUUACAACAUGACUCACUAAUUAAACAAUGAAAUCCGAGGCUUUAUAUAAUUGAAUUGUCUUCAGAGACCAUGUAUUCGUAAAUUCACUAGGUUGUAAAGCAGUUGCAACAAGCACUUUUCAACUACACUAUGGACGUUUUAAUGAAAUUGACAUUCACCUCGAAUUAACUGCAAAGUCAAUGCAAAGCUUUGGAAGAAUCAAUGUUUUGUUUAAAAGCUCAAAUGAUUGAUUAAUAUCAAUGUAUAUAAGACAUGAUGAGAUAUUUAUUAGUAUACACUGUGUGACAAUACAGUGAAUUCAACUACAAUGCUAACAAAUUGUUUUCAUGAUAAUGAAACACUUGGAAAUAAACAGUGUGUUGUGCUUUUUGAUAA